CCCGUGCCAUUCCAAAUCGCGUUCGUCGUUCAGAUUCCUACUCACUGCCACUAUUCGCGCCUAUCGUUUCCUCGAAUUUUUCCCAUUUCGGAACAGCUGCUGCAGUUUGCCGCAAUGAAGUCACAGAUUCAGGCGUUGGAGCCCAAAAUCCGCGAAAUUCUGACUGCGCCCGGGAUCGACCUGGGUACCAUCAGCGCAAAACGCGUCCGGAAGCAACUUCUGGAACAAGAUUCCUCGCUCACGCAGGAGUUUAUCAAAGAGAACAAGGACGAGAUUGACCUGUUGAUUGCGGGCGUGUACGAGGAGGUGAAUGCGGAGGUAAAUGGCAACGAGGAGGAGGAGGAGGGUGCGUCAUCUCCUAAGGGAAAGAGGAAGAGACGAGCUGAAAAGGAGGAGGAAUCUGUGGAUGAGAACGAGGAGGAAGGCGAGGAGGAGGUGUCCGCCGCUUCUCCGAAAGCGAAGAAGUCGAAGAAGUCCGGGAGGAUGACGGAUGAGCAGCUCGCGCGCCAGCUCUCAGACGAGAUCAACGGCCGCUCUCGCAGCUCGCGCGCUUCGUCGACCAGAGGGACUAGGGGCAGGGGCGGUGCGAAAAGGGGCGGAAAGAGGGGCGCGAAGAGCGCUGCCACCGUUGACUCAGAGGCUGAGGGUAGCGAGGGAGAUGGUGAACCGAAGAAGAAGAAACGGGGCGGUGGAUUCCAGAAAGAAUACAUGUUGAGCGAGCCCCUGAAGGCGGUGUUGGACGUGGAGAAAAUGUCACGCCCCCAAGUCGUCAAGCAGCUGUGGGUGUACAUCAAGGAGCAUGAUCUGCAAAACCCAGCAUACAAGAAGGAGAUUAUAUGCGAUGAUAAACUCAAGGCAAUCUUCAACGUUGAUAAAAUUGAUAUGUUCAAGAUGAACAAGGUUCUGGGACAACAUCUCCACGAGCCAUAACCGCUAUAUGCGUGAUUCCUACACAGCUGGUAUAACUGCCAUUCAGUCUACUUUCGUCGUGGUUCCUUUAGCGCGCAUCCCUCUGGCAUCACAUUUCUCCAUUCAUUCAAGCCUUGCACUGUUCCAUACUUACAAAUAGCUUUUCAUAUGCAUCUCGUGCCCAUUUGGAGGCGGCCCUGCCUGACGAAAGUAUCAGUACACCGUCGUUACUUGUUCCUAUACAUAAUGUUGAUAACCCAGAUCAUAACCCGCUCAGGUGAC